GACUGCGGAGCGACGAGCUGAACACACGAGAUGAUCUGCGCCAUCCUGCUACUUGCACUGGUCCUGCUGUCCGUCAUCCUCACGCACAGAAGGAGAUCCAAGAGUGAGCCACCUCUGGACAGAGGACUGAUCCCCUGGUUAGGCCAUGCACUGGAGUUUGGAAAAGAUGCCGCCAAGUUCAUAAACCGAAUGAAGCAGAAACACGGCAACAUUUUCACCGUGCGCGCUGCCGGCCGCUACGUCACGGUGCUUCUGGAUCCACAUUCAUACGACGCAGUCAUCAAUGACUCAAAUUCUCUGGACUUCACGCGCUACGCACAGGUGCUGAUGGAGAGGAUCUUCAACCUGCGUCUCCCACAUCACCAGCCUGCCGACGCAAAAGCACUGAUGAAAAGGCACUUCCUCGGAAAGAAUUUGGCGACUCUGAACAGCACCAUGGGCAGACACCUGCAGGUCCUGCUCAAAGCUGAGACGCCUCAGAACCAGAAAGACUGGAAAGAGGAGGGACUGUUCGACUUCUCGUACAGUUUGCUCUUUAAGGCGGGGUAUCUGACGCUGUUUGGAGGAGAGCAGAACAACAACAGCACGGAUCCGUCCAGCGUCUACGAGGAGUACAAGAAGUUCGACGGCUUCUUAACCAAAAUGGCGAGAGGCACGUUAAGAGCAGAGGAGAAGAAAACGGCGCUGAGUGUUCGGGAGCGACUCCUGGAGCUCUUGGCUCCGGCGGGUCUGACCGAGGACUCGGGGUCGAGCCCGUGGCUCCACCACUUCCGGCGACUCUUGCAGCAGGAGGGAACCGACGAGGAGACGCAGAGGAAGGCUGUACUGAUGCAACUGUGGGCCUCGCAGGGUAAUGUUGGUCCUGCUGCAUUUUGGCUGUUGGGCUACUUGUUGACAAAUCCUGAAGCUCUGGUGGCAGUAAAGAGGGAAUUUAGCCAGAUCGCACAGAUGGAAACCUCGGAGACUCUUCCCAUGGACAGAACCGUGAACACCCCAGUGUUUGACAGUGCCUUGGAAGAGACGCUGAGACUCACCGCCGCCCCCUUCAUCACCAGAGAGGUGGUGCAGGAAAAGACUCUUCACAUGGCUGAUGGCCAGGAGUACCUGCUACGAAAAGGAGACAGAGUGUGUUUGUUCCCCUUCAUCAGCCCUCAGAUGGACCCUGAGAUUUACCACGAGCCACAGAAAUACAAGUACGAUCGCUUCUUGAACGAGGACGGAUCGGUGAAGAAGGAUUUUUAUAAAGCAGGGAGGCGGCUGAAAUAUUACACCAUGCCAUGGGGCGCAGGGACCAAUGGCUGUGUGGGAAAGCAGUUUGCCAUCAAUACCAUCAGACAGUUUGUUUACAUGGUGUUGACUAACUACGAUGUGGAGCUGUGUGACCUACAUGCUCAGAUGCCAGAGAUAAAUGCCAGCCGUUAUGGAUUUGGGAUGCUACAACCUGAGGGAGAUUUGCUCAUCCGAUACAAACCUAGAAAUACGCACUAAGGGAACAAGCAAAAAGCCACAGACUUUCAUGCACAUUUCAACAAGAACUUUGUUUAUAGUGUCAAUAUGCCGUUUGUACUUUUCUAUUCUCUAUUUAUGUAAUACCGUAUGUAAUUAUUUUUGCUAUUUAUCAAUAAAUGUAAGUUAUACUUUGUGUAAAA